GACAUAACGUCGUAAACUGGUUUAUAGUCGUUUGAAUGUUAUAACAUGAAUUGUUUUAUGCACAAUCAUUAAACCAUUUAGAUCGUAAAUGCUUUAAACGGAUUACCCUGAAUAUGUACUCAUUUUGGUACCCAUUUGAAACAUAUAUAAAGCUCUAUUAUAUCGUCUUUUACUAAGUAGGGUUUUCAGGUGUCGUGAUUUAAUCAUGUAUAAAGAAACAAAAGCUUUGGUUUUAUGCUCAUUAAUUUGUUUAGUAUACAGUCAGAUACCUUCUGAUCUUGCAAUAAUUGAUGGACAUAAUGAUUUGCCUCAUUUGCUUUAUAAACGCGUUCAAAAUGAUUUGAAUAAAUACAGCUUCUUGCAAAAUUUAACAUUAGAUCCCACUUGGGGUUUACAAAAUUGUUCGGAAUGUCAUUCAGACUUGCCUCGCAUGCGUGAAGGAAAAAUUGGAGCACAAUUUUGGGUGGCCUUUUCCGAUUGCAAAACGCAAUACCGAGAUUCCGUUGCUAGAACUUUGGAGCAAAUAGACGUCAUCAAACGAUUCGUAAACAAAUAUGAUCACGUCUUGCAUUUCGCAACCGGUGUUGACGAUAUAUUGCAAGCGAGGGCGCAACAAAAAAUUGCAAGUUUGAUUGGUAUAGAGGGCGGGCAUUCCAUUGAUUCAAGACUUGCUGUUUUGCGCAUGAUGUAUGACUUAGGCGCCAGAUAUUUAACUUUAACACACAAUUGUCAAACACCAUGGGCUGAUAGUAACAUCGUGGACUCAUCCAAGCCUAUUCAUAACUUAACAAGUUUUGGCAGAACUGUUGUCAAAGAAAUGAAUAGAAUUGGCAUGUUAGUAGAUUUAUCACAUGUAUCAUACAAUGUUAUGAAUCAAGCUAUCAAUGCAAGUCGGGCUCCUGUUAUAUUUUCGCAUUCGAAUGCGUGGACUGUCACCAAGCACAAGAGAAAUGUUCAUGAUGACACUUUGAAAUUACUUAAAGUCAAUAAUGGUAUCAUUAUGAUUAAUUUUUACUCUCAAUUUGUUUCGUCAAAUCCGAAAAAUGCUACAAUUAACGAUGUUAUAAAACACAUUAAUUAUAUAGUGGAUCUAAUUGGAAUCGAACAUGUUGGCAUUGGAUCAGAUUUUAACGGUGUGGACGAGUUACCACAAGGACUUGAAGAUGUAUCAAAAAUUAUCAAUGUGUUUAAAUUGCUUCAACAACGUAACGCAACCCGCUGGAAUCCUGAAAAUUUACGCAAGUUAGCAUCUGAAAAUUUUCUAAGAGUAUUUAGAGCUGUUGAAGCUAAACGAGAUGAAUUGAUAACCGAGGAACCAAUCCAAGACUGGAUUUCUAAAGAUGAUUUAUUAAAUGCAGGAGAGGUAGAGGCGAAUCUAAUUCAAGAAUGUUCAACAUUUUUGGAAGAUGUGGCCAUACCAUUGCAUAAUAUAGCAACAGAAACAAAUUUUAGUAUAUUAACAUUAUUUAUUACGUUUCUUUGUGGCAAAAUUCUUUAAAUUUUUAUUAUAAAUAUGCUUGUAAUGUGUAAUAUGACCCUUUGUUUGGAUUUUGCUGAAUUGCAUGUAUGCAAUUAAAAUGGCACUGUCACUGGCAUAUUUUCUUAAUAGACUUAAAAACAUUGUAAACCAAAAACGAAAAAAUAAAGAUAAUAUCAUGUCAGCAAAUAA